GCGAUGCCAGAGACAGCGCAAGAUACCUGUGCUCCCUCUAAAGACUCGCCUUUUUCCAUUAAGAACUUACUGAACUGUGACAACAAACCGUCGAAACCUAAACCUCUCCUUGCUUCCGCGAAAGGGGUUUUAGAAGGUGGCUUUUCACUCACCCAGGUGGGGGACCUGAGCUUUCCUCGCUUUGACUUACCGACCCAGAGGUUUGCUUUGCCGGCGCAUUACUUGGAACGAGCUUCAGCAUGGUGGUACCCCUACACCCUUGGUUCGUCGGGCCAUGUACACAGAACAGCAGCUGCGGAGAAGGCUAGUGUGAGAGAAUCUUCGCCAGCUUCGGGCACAGACAGAGAUUCACCAGAUCUCGUGCUCAAAUCCGACCCAGACGCCAAAGAAGAUGACGGCAGUAAAAGCGCAGAUGAAGUCGUGCUGGAAGAGAGCGAUUCAGAAGAACCAAAGAAAGAGGACGGAGUGGAUGACUGGAAGAAAAGGGAGGACAGCCCGGAUAAAAAAACCUGCCGGAAAAAGAAAACGCGCACAGUCUUUUCCAGGAGUCAGGUGUUUCAACUGGAAUCCACCUUUGAUAUGAAACGCUACUUGAGUAGUUCGGAAAGGGCAGGUCUGGCGGCUUCUUUACAUCUCACAGAAACCCAAGUUAAAAUUUGGUUCCAAAACAGAAGAAACAAGUGGAAGAGGCAGCUGGCCGCCGAGUUGGAAGCCGCCAACCUGAGUCAUGCGGCAGCGCAGAGGAUUGUGAGAGUGCCCAUUCUGUACCACGAGAACUCAGGCUCAGAGACCGGGAACUCUACGGGCAACGUGCCAGUGAGCCAGUCGCUCCUUACCUUUCCCCACCCGGUUUAUUACUCACAUCCCAUAGUGACCUCCGUGCCGCUGCUGAGACCAGUUUGA